GAUGCUGGGCCUGACGUCUUUGUUGUUGUUGCUGAAAUUUGACUGUUGGUGGGAGGAGUGUGGGACGGGGUUUUAUCGAGUUCGCGAGUUUAAUACGUUAUACUUUUUAAUGCAAGAUAAGGGAACUUUGCUUAUAAGGUUUCAACAGAUCCUUCUCGAGGAUUGACCCGUCAGCUUGAGGUACCUACCUAAUUUUGCAACAAAAUGGUGAUUAUUUUUUGCUUCUCCAAAUGCUCUUCAGGCGCCUGUGAUGGAAGUGGGCAGGACCGCCGAGUAUGAUACGGGAAAUGGCACAGUCAUGGACAAGGACGGAAAGUCGCCCAAGAGCGUCAACUUUGAGCAGGGCGAGGACCAGGCCGAUGGCCGGAAAAAGUACCUGACGGCCAAAUAUGGCAGCCACCAGAUGGCGCUCAUCCGAAAACGGCUGCACGUCGAGAUGUGGCUGCUGGAAGAGAUCGCCAAACUCUACCGCUCCGGGGAUCCGGCCGGCGCCGCGCCGGAGAAGGAGCUCGACUUGGACGAGCUCCUGGACCUCGAUGAUGACGCCAGCCGGCGCGUCUUCCUGCAGCGUUUCCUGCAGGACGCUGCCGCCGCACCGGACGCCGUCACGAGGUUUAUCGAAGAGCUUCUAGUACAAGCCAAGAAGCUGUGAUGUCGGCCGGCCGCCGUUUUAGCAGAGGUUAGCUCAGCGCGGUACACCGUCCGGCCCGCAGCAGGUACGAUCUCCGGGCGCUGGGCCGUGCGCCGGACCGCCACAAUCAAACUCCCUGGAUCUGCCCCACCGGCCUCGUCCGGCUCAUCUCACGCUCAGAUCUGGUGUUCGGCAAUCAUGGCGUUUGUAACUGAUGGGCGGUGGGCCGUCUGCGGCCCCUGUGAAACGCAACUAGAGUCAUACCACGACCGAUGGGCAUCGCAUGUUGGUGUGUUUAUUGGGGAGAGGCAGCGAGAUGAUGUUGCCAAGAAUCUGGGCUGCACGUGCGGCAGCUGUGUGCCGCUGCAGCCCUCUGAGAGCGGUGCCGAGUCGCCCCUGGAGGUAGCGCCGUCGUAACUUUAUACGAGGACGCCACCGCGCCCGGCCACGACCCCAGAGUCUAUGGCUCGCGCUGCGUGUUCAACUCCCAUAAAUGAUAGCGUGUCUAGUCUUUCUUCGUUCUGUCUUAACGAGUGGUGGCGCCGUUUUCGGCGCGGUUCGCCGCUAGUUGGCGGUGCCAUUUUCUCCCGCGCGUCGCGGCGCGCCUUUAUUUGAUACCGUCGGGAGCGCGCGGCCGGACGGUCGGCGCAGUCGAGCCAAAGUGGUGACUGAGCGGUGCCACUCGCGCUGUGAUUCGGCGUCAUUCCAGCCGGCCGCCGUCUGAUUGCUCACGGGUCUUCCGGAGAGGCGGGGCGGACCCGCGCGCCGCGCGAUAACAUCCGUGUGCGCGAGUGUGACAUACAUUAUAAAUAUACGUGACAUUGAAACA